AUGAAAGGAGACAUAAUUUGCCCGCAAACGCCACCUAAUUUCUUCCCAAGGGUUUAGCAGAAUCUCCCGUUCGCGAAUUCCGUUACAGUAUCAACUCCCGAGAUUAUGGCGGCGGCAAGGGCGGUGGUGCUUCCCAGACCGGUGACUUUCGUGACCGGAAACGCAAAGAAGUUAGAGGAGGUCCGAGCCAUCCUUGGAACCUCCAUUCCUUUCCAGUCCCUCAAACUCGACCUACCAGAGCUACAAGGCGAGCCUGAAGAAAUCUCCAAGGAGAAGGCUAGAAUCGCUGCUAAAGAGGUCAAGGGCCCUGUGCUAGUGGAGGAUACUUGUCUUUGUUUCAAUGCGCUUAAGGGUCUCCCAGGGCCUUACAUCAAGUGGUUUUUGCAGAAAACUGGACAUGAAGGUCUCAACAAUUUGUUAAUGGCAUAUGAGGAUAAAUCGGCAUAUGCUAUGUGUAUCUUCUCUCUUGCUAUUGGACCUAAUGUGGAGCCGAUUACAUUUAUUGGUAAAACUUUGGGAAAGAUUGUUCCAGCGAGGGGACCAAAUGAUUUUGGAUGGGAUCCUAUCUUUGAGCCUGAUGGCUAUGAGCAGACUUAUGCCGAGAUGGCGAAGGAAGAAAAGAACAAGAUUUCUCACCGCUCUAAGGCUCUUGCACUAGUGAAGUCACACUUUGCUGAUGUUGGAUAUACCUUCCAGACAGACGCAUCUACUUAGUCACACAUGCAAAAACUCUUCAAAAACUAUAACCAUUGGAGAUGCUUUUAGUAGUAGUACAACAAUGAUCAACGACACUAGUUGGUUCCACAGCAUCCUCGGAUUAGGUAUUGGCCUAUUGGGUAGAGGCCGGGAAUUUUGUAACGAAGAUUUAUUUUUGGUACCAUGAAUUUUAGUUCUACUCUAUCUAGCUUAAUUAGUAGCAUACAUGUGAACAAAAUAUAGUAAAUUCUUUCGCAUAUUUUACAA